GGGGCGGCGGGUGCUCGGCGGUGAGCGGAAGCCCGGGCUGCUCCGGAGCCCGUCGGAGACUGGAGGAGGAGCGCAGGGAGAAAUAGGUCGCAGGCUCGGCACAGGCUCUGGCGCCGGCUCCGGCCGCUGAGUUUGGGAGAUGUCUGAGAAGUGAUUUUUUUCCCCUUGGAAGGCAGAUGGCUGGCGUGGAAGCACAGCCCGCUUUGACUCUUCGGAUUUGUGCUUGGCUCUUUUCUUGCACUUCGAGACUCGUGAUCAUCAUGCUGUGAUGUGUGCGGAGGGAGGAAUUGGUCAGCCACACGACCUGGAUCUCACCACAGUUUGGACAUGACUGAGGCUCUCCAGUGGUCCAGAUAUCAUUGGCGACGGCUGAUCGGAGGUGCAACCAGGGAUGAUGAUUCGAGGCCAUACAACUAUUCCUCCUUGCUCGCCUGUGGGGGCAAGUCCUCUCAGACCCCUAAACUGGCAGGAAAGCACCGGAUUGUUGUUCCCCACCUCCAGGCCUUCAAGGAUGAGUAUGAGAAGUUCUCUGGAGCCUAUGUGAACAAUCGAAUACGAACAACAAAGUACACACUUCUGAAUUUUGUGCCAAGAAAUUUAUUUGAACAAUUUCACAGAGCUGCCAAUUUAUAUUUCCUGUUCCUUGUUGUCCUGAACUGGGUACCUUUGGUAGAAGCCUUCCAAAAGGAAAUCACCAUGUUGCCUCUGGUGGUGGUCCUUACAAUUAUCGCAAUUAAAGAUGGCCUGGAAGAUUAUCGGAAAUACAAAAUUGACAAACAGAUCAAUAAUUUAAUAACUAAAGUUUAUAGUAGGAAAGAGAAGAAAUACAUUGACCGAUGUUGGAAAGACGUUACUGUUGGGGACUUUAUUCGCCUCUCCUGUAACGAGAUCAUCCCUGCAGACAUGGUACUACUGUUUUCCACUGAUCCAGAUGGAAUCUGUCACAUUGAGACUUCUGGUCUUGAUGGAGAGAGCAAUUUAAAACAGAAGCAGGUGGUUCGGGGAUAUGCAGAACAGGACUCUGAAGUUGAUCCUGAGAAGUUUUCCGGUAGGAUAGAAUGUGAAAGUCCAAACAAUGACCUCAGCAGAUUCCGAGGCUUCCUAGAACAUUUCAACAAAGAACGCGUGGGUCUCAGUAAAGAAAAUUUGUUGCUUAGAGGAUGCACCAUUAGAAACACGGAGGCUGUUGUGGGCAUUGUGGUUUAUGCAGGCCAUGAAACCAAAGCAAUGCUGAACAACAGUGGGCCACGUUAUAAGCGCAGCAAAUUAGAAAGAAGAGCAAACACAGAUGUCCUCUGGUGUGUCCUGCUUCUGGUCAUAAUGUGCUUAAUUGGAGCAGUGGGUCAUGGAAUCUGGUUGAGCAGGUAUGAAAAGAUGCAUUUUUUCAAUAUCCCCGAGCCUGAUGGACAUAUCAUAUCACCACUGUUGGCAGGAUUCUAUAUGUUUUGGACCAUGAUCAUUUUGUUACAGGUCUUGAUUCCCAUUUCUCUCUAUGUUUCCAUCGAAAUUGUGAAGCUUGGACAAAUAUAUUUCAUUCAAAAUGAUGUGGAUUUCUACAAUGAGAAAAUGGAUUCUACUGUUCAGUGCCGAGCACUGAACAUCGCGGAGGAUCUAGGACAGAUUCAGUACCUCUUUUCUGAUAAGACGGGAACCCUCACUGAGAAUAAGAUGGUUUUUCGAAGAUGUAGCGUGGCAGGAUUUGAUUAUUGCCAUGAAGAAAAUGCCAAGAGGCUGGAGUCCUAUCAGGAAGCUGUCUCUGAAGAUGAAGAUUUCACAGACACACUCAGCGGUUCCGUAAGCAAUAUGGCAAAACAGAGAGCCCCCAGCUGCGGGACAGUUCAUAAUGGGCCUUUGGGAAAUAAGCCCUCAAAUCAUCUUGCUGGGAGCUCUGUUAAUCUAGGAAGUGGAGAAGGAGCCAGUGAAGUGCCUCAUUCCAGACAGGCUGCUUUCAGUAGCCCCAUUGAAACAGAUGUGGUACCAGACACCAGGCUUUUAGACAAAUUUAGUCAGAUCACACCCCAGCUCUUUAUGCCACUAGAUGAGACCAUCCAAAAUCCACCACUGGAAACUUUGUACAUCAUUGACUUCUUCAUUGCAUUGGCAAUUUGCAACACAGUAGUGGUUUCUGCUCCUAACCAACCCCGACAAAAGAUCAGACACCCUUCACUGGGAGGGAUGCCCAUUAAGUCUUUGGAAGAGAUUAAAAAUCUUUUCCAGAGAUUGUCUGUUCGAAGGUCAAGUUCUCCAUCACUUGCCAGUGGGAAAGAGCCAUCUUCUGGAGUUCCGAACGCCUUUGUGAGCAGACUCCCUCUCUUUAGUCGAAUGAAACUGGCUUCACCUGUGGAGGAAGAGGUCUCCCAGAUGCGUGAGAUACCCCAGUGCUCCAGUAGCUCAGCUUGCUGCACAGAAACAGAGAAACAACACAGUGAUGGAGGCCUCCUGAAUGGCAAGGUGGAGUCCCUCCCUGGACAGCCAUUGGCCUGCAACCUGUGUUACGAGGCCGAGAGCCCAGAUGAAGCAGCCUUAGUGUAUGCCGCCAGGGCUUACCAAUGCACUUUACAGUCCCGGACACCAGAGCAGGUCAUGGUGGACUUUGCUGCUUUGGGACCGUUAACAUUUCAACUUCUACACAUCCUGCCCUUUGACUCAGUAAGAAAAAGAAUGUCCGUUGUGGUCCGGCACCCCCUUUCCAAUCAAGUUGUGGUGUAUACGAAGGGUGCUGAUUCUGUGAUCAUGGAGUUAUUGUCAGCGGCUUCCCCAGAUGGAGCAAGUCUGGAAAAACAGCAGUUGAUAAUAAGGGAGAAAACCCAGAAGCACUUGGAUGACUAUGCCAAACAAGGCCUUCGUACGCUAUGUAUAGCAAAGAAGGUCAUGAGUGACGCUGAAUAUGCAGAGUGGCUGAGGAAUCAUUUUUUAGCUGAAACCAGCAUUGACAACAGGGAAGAAUUACUACUUGAAUCUGCCAUGAGGUUGGAGAACAAACUUACCUUACUUGGUGCUACUGGCAUUGAAGACCGGCUGCAGGAGGGAGUCCCUGAAUCCAUAGAAGCUCUUCACAAAGCUGGAAUCAGGAUGUGGAUGCUGACAGGGGACAAGCAGGAGACAGCUGUCAACAUAGCGUAUGCAUGCAAGCUACUAGAGCCAGAUGACAAGCUUUUUAUCCUCAGUACCCAAAGUAAAGAUGCCUGUGGGACGCUGAUGAGCACAAUUUUGAAAGAACUUCAGAAGAAAACUCAAUCCUCGCCAGAGCAAGUGUCAUUAAAUGUAGAUUUACCUCAGCCUCCUGUCCCCCAGGACUCAGGGUUACGAGCUGGACUCGUUAUCACUGGGAAGACCCUGGAGUUUGCCCUGCAAGAAAGUCUACAAAAGCAGUUCCUAGAACUGACAUCUUGGUGUCGAGCUGUGGUCUGCUGCCGAGCCACGCCGCUGCAGAAAAGUGAGGUGGUGAAAUUGGUCCGCAGCCAUCUCCAGGUGAUGACCCUGGCCAUUGGUGAUGGUGCCAAUGAUGUUAGCAUGAUACAAGUGGCAGACAUUGGGAUAGGGGUCUCAGGUCAAGAAGGCAUGCAGGCUGUGAUGGCCAGUGACUUUGCCGUUUCUCAGUUCAAACAUCUCAACAAGCUUCUUCUUGUCCACGGGCACUGGUGUUAUACAAGGCUUUCCAACAUGAUUCUCUAUUUUUUCUAUAAGAAUGUGGCCUACGUGAACCUCCUUUUCUGGUACCAGUUCUUUUGUGGAUUUUCAGGAACAUCCAUGACUGAUUAUUGGGUUUUGAUCUUCUUCAACCUCCUCUUCACAUCUGCCCCUCCUGUCAUUUAUGGUGUUUUGGAGAAAGAUGUGUCUGCAGAGACCCUCAUGGAACUGCCUGAACUUUACAAAAGUGGUCAGAAAUCAGAGGCAUACUUACCCCACACCUUCUGGAUCACCUUAUUGGAUGCCUUUUAUCAAAGCCUAGUCUGCUUCUUUGUGCCUUAUUUUAUCUACCAGGGCUCAGAUAUUGACAUCUUUGCAUUUGGAAACCCCCUGAACACAGCUGCUCUGUUCAUCAUUCUCCUCCAUCUGGUCAUUGAAAGCAAGAGUUUGACUUGGAUUCACAUGCUGGUCAUCAUUGGUAGCAUCCUGUCUUAUUUUUUAUUUGUCAUAAUUUUUGGAGCCAUGUGUGUAACUUGCAACCCACCAUCCAACCCCUACUGGAUUAUGCAGGAGCACAUGCUGGAUCCAGUAUUCUAUUUAGUUUGUAUCCUCACAACGUACAUUGCUCUUCUGCCCAGGUUUGUAUACAGAGUUCUUCAGGGAUCCCUGUUUCCAUCUCCAAUUCUGAGAGCUAAGCACUUUGACAGACUAACCGCAGAGGAGAGGACUGAAGCUCUCAAGAAGUGGAGAGGGGCUGGAAAGAUGAAUCAAGUGACAUCAAAGAAUGCUAACCAAUCAGCUGGCAAAUCAGGAAGACGACCCAUGCCUGACUCUUCUGCUGUAUUUGUGAUGAAGUCAGCAACUUCGUGUGCUAUUGAGCAAGGAAACUUACCUCUGUGUGAAACUGCUUUAGAUCAGGGCUGCUGUGAAACUAAGGCCUUUGAGAUGGCUGGACCCUCCAAAGGUUAAGAAAGCCAGAUACCCUCCUUGGAAUUGCAAGUAUUCUUUCAAGGUUGGAAGAGGGAUUUUGAAAUAGUAUCUCUCCAAGCAAGAAUUUUCCAUAAGGGACAAGGCUUGGAAACCUGACAUGAUGAUAAUCAUUAUUGUAUGUUUGUAUAUGCAUUUGUAAUAGAGGGCUAGAGUUUGACCUAGACAGAGUUUAAGAAUUAAACAGAACCAAAUGCUUUUAUAAAACUUUUUGGAUUUUGUAAAAGCAUUUUCAUUCUUUUAGAAAUUCAAAUGCUUUCAAGGGGAGUCAUUUGAGAUAUAUUUAUUUUACUAGGAGAUCUUAUAUUCUAGGGAAAUACUUUAAAUGGGCAGGUUCUAGCCAGGCGCAGUGGCUCACGCCUGUAAUCCCAGUACUUUGGGAGGCUGAGGCAGGUGGAUCACAAGAUCAGGAGUUCAAGACCAGCCUUGCCAACUUGGU